AUGACAAGCUUCAUACCCGGCAGCUUAAUUCUGUAUCAUCAGCCUGGAUCUGGUCUUCCACCGUGGCCCUCCAUAUAUUGCACGGACGACGUCCCACCGAAGGCUUUCCUUCGAACUCGGCCGCUUGGCUAUGUCACUCCUAUACUGAAAUUGGCUGGAGUUCUGGACGCAAGCCAGCUUCGAUGGGCAACAACAACAGACCUUCACGAAUUUGAUCCCCACGCCGCCGACAAGGACACUAUGCAGUCCAACCCUGGACUCGCUGACGCCUAUACUGUAGCGCUUGAAGUUUUGGAGUCUGACCUUGACCUCGACCACUGGAAAGCUGUACUUGGAGGCCAAGAUCAUGACACAAUAGUCAUUGACAGCGAUGAAGAAGACGACGACUCAGACAACGACCCCGAGAUGCGUCUCGCUCUCACUAGGAGUUUGGUUGACUUUCACUCUCAGAAGGUUUCGCUCACGCCAAAGCCAGAAUUCGAGACAGAGCGUUCGAAUAUCUUACAUGACUCCGUUUUCUGGCCGCCUGAACGACCAGGGCUGUUAUCUUCGCCAAUACCUCGUCGAAAGCAAACAUUGCCUCCUCAUGGACAUGCACAAAUUCCUUCAAGACUCCUCGCCACGACACCUUCGCCUCCAAGAAGGGUUAGGCCUCUCGCUCCUUCUCCAUGGUCAUCAAAGCGUCCAGGCUUUCCACUGUCAACACCUUCAGAUGAUGGGCUGCUCUCGCCUUCACACAAGAGAAAGCUGAAUGGAGGUGAUCGAAGCUCAGUGCGAACAGAUUCGUACGGCUUCCCCUCUCAGUCUUCGAACUGUACUCUUUCGCCAAUGCCUCUCACAUCUGAUGAUGAUCUACCGCCAAUACCUCGACAGAAAAAGCCGACGUCUGCCAGUGAACUCAAGCCAUUCGGGCGUACCCCGGAAAUCUCGGGAAUGCAUCGCAAGGGCAGUACGGUAAAACAGAGACCAUCCACUUCAGCGAGUCAAUCUCGCAAGGGAUCAAAUACUUCAGCUGCACCGCUUCCCAACGAAGAUGUCAUUGAGGAAAGUUUAGAAGAAAGCAGUCAAUUUGUACAAGUGUUUGUUGGGCCUAAAGUCGAAGGCGAUCCGGAAGCCGACCCGGAGCGCAAACAACACAGGUUCCAGCUGAUGAAGUGCCACGUCUGGGAGCGCCCAUACUUCCGUAACGCCGUCUCAGCACACAGCUAUCUCACGCCUAUAGGCGAGAACACGUGGGAACUCGAACAUCCGCGACUCUCUGAUAUUCUCCCAGACGACUUCAAACUGGUAGCAGAGUUCUUGUCAGAUGGCGACUUUGGACACAGACUUCCCCAAGAUGAAGAGCAGGUUGCAGAGACGUUUGCCCAGUGCAUAUCUGCUUGGGAGUCGGCAGAGCUCUUGAGCAUGGACGACCUACUCGACCACAUUGUCGAGAAGACUAGGAAGACGCAGCCUUGGUGGGAUAUGGUGAAUGUCAUGGUUUUCGCCUGCUCCGUGUACCAAAGCGAAAUGUCUCUCCAGGCUCACGACGAGAUGAAGGCAUUGCUCUCGGAGUACAUUGCCGAUUUCUUCUACGUCUACAUUGGGGACGACCACCUCAGCGGUCACUUUUUGGCUCGUCUCCAGCAGCUUCCUGAGUUGGAGAGGGACGUCUUCGAGAAGAAAGCAGCCCAGUCAAAUCAACGUUUGCCGCCGCGGGAAGAGGCGGUACUGCAAAAUGAAUGA